AUGGACAACUACGGAGCACUAACAACAGUUUCGGACAAUCAAUACUGGCAAGGGUUAUUGGAGUGUGAUGGUGGAGAGAGUAUUCAGAUCGAUGUGAGUGAACAUCAUGAUGCCGAGAUAUUUGAGGAAUAUGAUCCUGUUGAACUCCUCCCAACGACUCUUGAAGAAGUGGAGGCAAUUUGA